AUGGUGCCGUUGGUCGCCACCUAUCGCACCGCGUCGAAGCAGCUUCACCCGACUCCCUGGACCGACUUCGAAAGCCUUACGCCAGAGGAGCUGCAGCGCUCAGUGUGGGAGCGGCUUCAGCAGAGUCAGAGCGCCAGCACGGAAGCGGAAGAUUCCGAAGACUCCCCAGGCCCAGGCCAAGAGCUGCUUUUCUCGCAGAUUCAGCAAGGCUGGAGAGAGAAAGGCACACCAAAGUGCUGGAGUCAGCUGGGGCGGCUCUUGGAGAGCUUGACGGACGAAUGUCAAAGAUCCCAGAAAGAAGAGCACUGGAUCUUCGGUUUGUACAAGCCGAGGCCUGACGCAAAGACUUGCGCCGAGAGCGUUCGCGACGUUUUUCUGCAGGGCCAAAGGCUGGUUCAGACCAUGGAAAUGCCACGAUCCAAGCUUGCUUCUCUUGAUCUUCCUAACAACACGGUUCGUGAAAUGCAGGCGCUGAUGUACCUACAGUCGUGGUUCGUCCCCCUUGCACGCACGAAGAAUUUUGCCCUGUUGUGGGCAGGUUUCUGGGAUGGAGAUCGCACAAAUCGGACCACAACAUCCGCCCUGUUCCAGUUUGCCAAUGAAACGGACCAUGAUACAGUGCAUCCGGACAGCAUCAUGGGACGACUCAUCGAGGAAAGCCAGGAUCUUAACGCCUGCUACGAAGAUGCAUCUACUAAUCAGAUGCUGCAGAACAUGUGGACGUUCAGCAGCAUGAGCUUCGUCUCUAACAUGCGGGCGAAAGCCCAAGGCACAGUGGUUGCAGUAGUCAACAAGGGUCUCACGGGAGAACGGAACCUGUCCGAAUCUGUGCUUUCUCAAUACGAGAUGCCGACGCUGGGAAUCACAGCCUGGGGAUUAGGAGGGUGGUCCCCGCACAUCAUCAUCUUGGACAUGAGAGGUACCUGUCACGACACGAGCCCCUCCCUUCGGGCGCAACUAGCUGCGCAUUUACACUCCUGGUCCGGGCUCAGGGCCGAGAAAGGCAAAGACGAGACGAAGGCCUUUAUGAAGCGGUCCCGCGCCAGCUGGGACUGCGUGGACUGUCCGCCGGACGCAUGUAACCUGGAUGCUGCCUUGGCCCAGCACAUCCAGCACAUGGUGGAGGCGAAGAAGACGCAGGAUGAUCUGAACGAGAAGCUGUUUGAGGCUGUGGGGUCCACGGGCCGCAUGCGAUCCGAGGCAGCAGAAAUUGCCAUCGACCAAGAGAUGCUGAACACCGCAAUCUCUGCCGCAUUUCCUUCUGGACAAAGACAGUGGGGGAGCAUUCUGAAAGAAGCGACACAAAUAGACAAGACUCUGCGCAAACGAAGACAUCACCUGGUCGGGUCCAAACUUCGGAGGGCCUUUGCACUGGGGGAACGCCAGAGAGACGUGGAGUCCCUGCUGCAUCGCAAGGCGGACCCCCAAACCAUGGAACUAGAUGGCAGGACACCGCUCCACUAUGCUGCUGUGAACGGUUACCUGCAGAUCCUAGACAUCCUUCUGCAGAACAAGGCCGACCUCAACGCUGCCGACCGGGGAGGAAACACCGCUCUCCUCUGCGCUGCACUGAAUGGUCAUGUCGAAGUCGUUGAGUCUUUGCUCAAGAACAAGGCCGACCCGAACGCCAUGGACCAGUUCGGCCGCACGCCCCUACACUACGCUGCCUGGCAUUGUCUUCUCGAGGUCGUUGAGUCUUUGCUCGAGAACAAGGCCGACCCGAACGCCAAGGACAAGGAAGGAGCCACGCCCCUAAAUGAAGCUGCCAGGCAGGGUCAUCUCGAGGUCGUUGAGUCUUUGCUCAAGAACAAGGCCGACCCGAACGCCAUGGACAAGUUCGGCCAAACGCCCCUCUACCACGCUGCCAGGCAGGGUCUUCCCGAGGUCGUUGAGUCUUUGCUGAAGAACAGGGCCGACCCGAACGCCAUGGACCACUUCGGCCGCACGCCCCUACACCUCGCUGCCAAGGAGGGUCAUCUCGAUGUCGUUAAGUCUUUGCUGAAGAACAUGGCCGACCGGAACGCCAUGGACGAGGACGGAAGCACGCCCUUACACCUCGCUGCCAACGAGGGUCAUCUCGAGGUCGUUGAGUCUUUGCUCGAGAACAAGGCCGACCCGAACGCCAAGGACAAGGAAGGAGCCACGCCCCUACACUACGCUGCCUGGCAGGGUCAUCUCGAGGUCGUUGAGUCUUUGCUCAAGAACAAGGCCGACCCGAACGCCAUGGACAAGGGAGGACGCAAGGAAGGAGCCACUCCCCUACACUACGCUGCCACGCAGGGUCAUCUCGAGGUCGUUGAGUCUUUGCUGAAGAACAAGGCCGACCGGAACGCCAUGGACUAG